GCGGCCAGGCAAAAUGACGUCAGUCAGCUGCGAAAGUGAGCGUUCAAAGUUUUCAUCUCAUUUUUUUGCUGCACCUCCAACCUCCGACGAGCACUUUGAUUCUUUCUCCCUUCGCUUGGGUUGGUGUAUGAUAUCAUUUCACAAUUAUUGCAUCUCUACAUCAUCAGAUCACGAACACUAUGAAUCCAAUUGGACAUCAUUAUCUACUUGUAUUGAUCUUCCUUGGAAUUUGUGUUCCCAAGAGCACGGAUGGAUUUGUCGUCACUCCCUUUACUCGAUACCAAGUCGUCCCCAAACCGUCAAAUCAUCCAUCCGCUUCCACCAGCACUACUACUAGUACUAGCCUCACAACUUCUGCCACUGGUUCCAUUACGACUGCUGGCGAGCAAGGGCCGGAUGUUAAGGGACUAAAACGAAAGCUUACAAAAGAAUUCCUUUCGAUUGGUGCUCCUGCUUUUAUUCAGUUAGCAGCAGAGCCUCUAGCUGCACUUGUAGACACGGCAUAUCUAGGACGACUUGGGCCAGAAGUUCUAGGUGGUGCAGGAGUGGCAAUCAGUGCGCAAUAUGCAGUUUCAAAGCUAUACAAUGAUCCACUGCUGAGAACAAGUAUAUCCAUGGUAGCCUCCAAAGAUGGACAAACCAGAGGAAAAACACCCAGCGAAAGCGACCGGGAAUCUUUGAGCAUUGAAGUUUCAUCGGCAUUGCUAUUGGCAUUUGUCGUUGGAAUCAUUCAACUGUUCGUGUAUACCGUACUCGCAAAGGGCAUCACAUUGGGAAUGGGAGUUACAGAAGCUUCGCCAAUGUGGCACUCGGCAGUUUCCUACUUGAGAGUUCGAGCUUUGGGGACUCCUGCAGCUACCCUUUGGCUGGUGACCAAUGGAAUCUUCAGAGGCCUUGGAGACACGCGAACGCCCCUCUUUUACUCUCUUUUGUUCACGGGUCUCAAUGCCAUUCUGGAUCCUCUUUUUAUUUUUACCUUUCAUUUUGGAGCAUCCGGUGCAGCUGCGGGAACUGCCAUUGCCCAGUAUGUGGCGUUGGUGCCACUCAUGUUGGCGUUGAACCGGAAGGUCAAGAUUGAUAUCAUUGGCCAGCUGUCCAAGUUGGGAGAUUCUCUCAAGUCGUAUUUGAGUGCGGGAAGCCUCGUCCUAGUCAGAACACUAGGGAAGGUCUUUGCAUACUCGGUUUGUGCCAGAGAAGCGGCUUUGUUGGGGCCCGUAGCAGCUGCAGCUUAUAACCUCACCUUUCAGUUGGGAUUUGCCACAACUCAAAUCUGCGAGUCAGUGGCAGUGGCGGUACAAACACUCCUGGCGAGAGAACUGGCGGACACCACGACAUAUCCACAGCCGGUGCGUCGUCAGCUUAUCCGGCACCUGAUCAACACUUCCAUUCUUAUAGGCGGUGGAGUUGCGGGUUUACUUUCCCUGACAACGUUCUUCCAAAGAGACUCCAUUCUCAGAGGCUUGACAAGCAACGCUGCUAUUCGCGAUGCCUCGGCGGCUAUCUUUCCUGUAGUUCUCGUCACACAAACACUCAAGGGACUUGCAUAUCCCGUGAAUGGAAUCGUCAUGGGAGGCUUGGAUUGGAUCUUUAGUAUGAUUGCAAUGUGGACUGCCAAUUUUGCCUGCGUUGGCUUGGUGCGGUUCUUUGCCAUGAAUGGAACUGUCGGCCUCGGCAAGAUUUGGUGGGCCCUGGCAGCAUUUAUGGGGUGCCAAGUGGUCACAGGCAUACUGCGAGUUGAGAGCAAAACUGGAGUCUGGAGAGCGCUUAGAAAAGAAGAAACGUAGCUAGCAAUAAACAUCCCGUACGUAUACUUGACAAGUGCGGAAGAUUCUGGUCUAAGGAGUUUCGUCCCUCGUGGGCAAAUUCCGGCAGUGCCCCAGCCUUUGCCUCUCUCUAAUUAUCAAGGUCUGCCUCUCGAUUACUCUACUAUAGUCAAUGCAAGCUAAGAUUGGUAUCUAGAAUCACAUGUUGCGUUCCCAAUUCUGAUCCUGUCAAUGGACCCAACAGUUCUGUCUGCGGUUGUGUGCGGUGUGCGGGAUGCAGAGAUGUUGACCUGGUGUCGUUGUACUACAGUUUUGGAAGGCUUAUGAGCCGUUAUUAGUUAAAUCUGUGGAUGCCAAUAUGUCCCU